CCGGCCGCGGCUCCUCCCCGCACCGCCCUCGGCCGAGGCGCAGCUCCCCGGCGGCAGCGGCGCCGAUCGCGUCGAGCAUCUGCGGGGAAGGCGCGUUGUCUUUCCGCUUCUGUCUGCCGCCGCGGCCAUGGAGCUGCCCGAGAGCCAGUGCAAGAAAGUGAAGCUGAGCAACAGGGUGCCGAGCUGGGGAAUGCAGAGGGCAACCAAUGUUACCUACCAAGCUCAUCAUGUCAGCAGGAAUAAGAGAGGCCAAGUGGUAGGAACAAGAAGUGGGUUUCGUGGAUGCACAGUCUGGUUAACAGGUCUAUCUGGUGCUGGGAAGACUACAGUGAGCAUGGCACUGGAGGAGUAUUUAGUAUGCCAUGGCAUUCCAUGCUACACAUUAGAUGGUGACAAUAUUCGCCAAGGCCUUAAUAAGAAUCUGGGUUUCACACCAGAAGAUAGAGAAGAAAAUGUCCGUCGUAUUGCUGAGGUUGCUAAGCUGUUUGCAGAUGCUGGUUUGGUGUGCAUUACUAGUUUCAUCUCUCCUUAUACUCAGGAUCGUAAUAAUGCCAGACGAAUUCAUGAAGGGGCAAGUUUGCCUUUUUUUGAAGUAUUUGUGGAUGCUCCAUUGCACGUCUGUGAGCAGAGAGAUGUUAAAGGACUCUAUAAGAAAGCCAGGGCUGGAGAAAUUAAAGGUUUUACUGGGAUUGACUCUGAGUAUGAAAAACCAGAAGCCCCAGAGCUUGUGCUGAAAACUGAUUCCUGUGAUGUGAAUGAUUGUAUACAACAAGUUGUGGAACUUCUUCAAGAGAGGGAUAUUGUACCAGUGGAUGCUUCUUAUGAGGUGAAAGAGCUUUAUGUGCCAGAAAACAAGCUGCAGUUGGCCAAAACUGAUGCUGAGUCUCUGUUAACCUUGGAAAUAAAUAAGGUGGAUAUGCAAUGGGUGCAAGUGCUCGCAGAAGGUUGGGCGACACCCCUGAAUGGCUUUAUGAGGGAGAGAGAAUACCUACAGUGCCUUCACUUUGACUGUCUCCUUGAUGGGGGAGUUAUUAAUCUGUCAGUGCCUAUAGUGCUAACAGCUACUCAGGAAGACAAAGAAAGACUGGAUGGUUGUACAGCAAUUGCUCUGGUGUAUGAAGGUCGACGCGUGGCCAUUCUCCGUAAUCCCGAAUUCUACGAGCACAGGAAAGAGGAACGCUGUGCUAGGCAAUGGGGAACGACAUGCAAGGAGCAUCCCUAUAUCAAGAUGGUUAUGGAGCAAGGGAACUGGCUCGUAGGUGGAGAUCUACAGGUCCUUGAUCGUAUUUAUUGGAAUGAUGGACUUGAUCAAUAUCGUCUCACUCCAGCUGAACUAAGGCAGAAAUUCAAGGAUAUGAAUGCUGAUGCUGUCUUUGCAUUCCAGUUACGCAACCCAGUGCACAAUGGGCAUGCUCUUUUAAUGCAGGAUACUCACAAGCAGCUUUUGGAACGUGGCUACCGGCGCCCAGUUUUACUCUUGCAUCCACUUGGAGGCUGGACAAAGGAGGAUGAUGUUCCUCUCAUGUGGCGCAUGAAGCAACAUGCUGCAGUACUAGAGGAGGGAAUCUUGAAUCCAGAAACAACAGUGGUGGCUAUAUUCCCUUCCCCCAUGAUGUAUGCUGGACCAACUGAGGUUCAGUGGCACUGUAGGUCACGGAUGGUUGCAGGAGCUAACUUCUACAUUGUAGGGCGAGAUCCAGCAGGGAUGCCACACCCUGACACUGGGAAAGAUCUGUAUGAACCAACCCAUGGUGCCAAAGUGUUGACAAUGGCUCCAGGUCUCAGAGCACUGGAAAUUGUACCCUUCAGAGUUGCAGCUUAUAAUAAGAAAAAGAAGUGCAUGGAUUAUUAUGACUCUGAUCACCAUGAAGAUUUUGAAUUUAUAUCGGGGACCCGCAUGCGCAAGCUGGCUCGAGAAGGACAAAACCCGCCGGAAGGCUUCAUGGCUCCUAAGGCUUGGACUGUGCUGACAGAAUACUACAAAUCCUUGGAGAAGGUUUAGGCCUCUUAUUAACUGCAGAUCAACCUUUGACGCCUGAUUUAUUUACGAGAAGGGGACCACACAGUCACCGUUCAUGUUGCUUUGUUGUGGUGUCUGUCAGGAAGUUCUUCUCUGAAAACAGACUCUUUCUCCCUAACUUAGCAUCAUUCUUUGCCUGUCCUUAUGGGUUCUAUUAUGUCCUGGCACCUAACUAGCUGCUGGUUUUAAUGUCUUCUCUUUUAUUACAGUUAAUAUUCUUGCAGUAGGAUUUUUAACUCUUGUGUUUUUUUAUAUUUUACUGCCUCUGUCCUAUGAGUUCUGCAGCUGUUAAAUAGAUGCAGCUUUUUUCAUAUGUUAUUUAAACUGCUGGGUAGUGUCUGGUUUUAGUAGUUUGUAGGAGAAAAUGUAAUGGUUAGACUCCUAACUAUGGAUAGAUUAUCUAUAAAUUGAAAAAGUAAAUGAUUUCUGAAACAUCCGUAAAAGUGUCCUCAUCUUUAUCUCACUAUUAUCUCCAGAAGCACUUAACAUUAAUUUCUCACUAUAUGUAAUCAAAAAACAGAGUUUUUUACAUAGCAUAAUUAAUCUUUUUUGCUUUCUUUGUUUAACUUUGGAGUUCGUUGAGUUGUCCAGUGAUUCUUUUCUGCUUUGGACAUAUAAAGAUGGCCAAGUAAUGAAUAAAAGAAAAUAUCUAGUUUUCACUUUGCAUUGAUAACUAAUCCAGGUUUUUUUUUUUUUUUUGUAUAUGCUUGUUGCUGUAGGUGUCAGUAGGGAAUGUUUUAUUUCAUUUGAUAAUUAAUUUGAUUAUUUCAUUUCUGAAAACCAGUUGUUGGUUCCAGAUAUACUUGUUCAGCCUACUACAUCUAUAAAAAAAGUAUGGCAGACCAACCUUGAAUUCAUGUUUAAUUAUUUCAAGAAAAAUAAAAAAAUUCUUAGAUCUUGGCAUUUCCUGUGGUACAAAUGCUUAGUCCUGAGGUUAAUUUUCUGGCUGUUUUUCAAGGUCUCCAUAGAGUAAUCUCCUUCUCUUUGUUCAACUUCGCUUGCUUGAAAGACAAAGCACAUGUUGUUCUUCUAGGAUUUUUUUCAAAAAUCCUGAAGCUGGUUAAUUCACUGUGUGAAACAAUAACUGCUAAAGGAAAACAUAAAAAAUGGAAAGUAAACCUCUUAUUUAAAUGUAAAGUAACACUGACCUAUUGGGAUCUGUUCAAGCAUUUGCAGGUAAUUAGUGGAACAGUCAUAACCCCUUUUAGUCUAUUAGCUAGAAACCAUCUCAUAUCCUCACAACUUACAGAAACUUACUUUUCUGUUGUUAAACAGUGUAUCUAGGAGGAACCAGCUCAAAAUUGUUCUUAGAAUAUUGAUAUGGGCCUGCUGCUGAGCCUGGGUGAAGCAUGUGUUCAUCUACACUUUUUUGGGCAGACGGAAAGUUGUGAUGGGGGGACCUGAGUAAUGAAUGGGACAAAUGCUGCUUGCAAUCUUUGUUUACUUAUUCACAGUAGUAUUUAAGACAAAUGCUCUGAGAAUUACUUUAUUUUCUCUUCUUCAUCUGUAGAAAGUAUCUUUUAAUGGGGUUCUUACCUCUGAUAGAAAGUAAGGGAGAAUUGGGAAAGGAUAAGAGGCAUGUUUAUUAGUGAACCACAAUUACUUGAGACUGUUUUGGUAGUGUAAAGUUUAUUUCUUCACAAUUGUUGAGCAGAUUUUCUUUAAACUUGGCUUUCUUUUUAGAUUGUAUCAAUAUGUAGGUUGUGCGAAAUUCAGAAGAAAGAAUCAGUUCAUCUGUGUGCAGCUGUUCAUGCAAAACUUCAAGUUUAACUAUGAAGGUGAACAAGAGUUAUCAGCUGCUAAAAUGGAAUUUGCUGCUGAAAGUUGGGAAUUUGGACUCUUUGCUGUCAGGUUUGAUUCUUCUGCUAGCUAUGAUGAAAGAUAAUAAAAAUAUUUUGGCAGAAUGACAAACACACGUGAAAGUCUACAGAAGUUAAUGUUUUAAAAAUGCUAUGUGUGCUAUAUGAAGUCCAGAAAAUAAGUCGGAGUGGUGAGCAUGAAUGUAAAUCAUCCUGUAAUGUUAAUUUAGAAGCAGGAAUGCCUUCAAGCAAAUUAAUACAGUGAUAACAAGCAGAUCUAGUUUUUAUACUUAACUGGUUUGAUGCUGAGGCCUUGUUGUUAUAAUGCUUCUGGAAAGCAUUCCUUCCAAGGCUCUGUAUUAAAGAAUCCUUCAGGUUUAUGCUGACUUUAAGCCAACAGCCACAGCAUUCUCAGCAUAAUGCUGAUUAAGAACAGGAGCAUCUUGUCAAUUUGUGGGCAGGACUUGCUCUAUACAACAAUAUUUUCCUGUAUCAUGUGAGUUUUCACUGUAGAGUUCAAAUUUUCCCUCUUGUCUGCAGCUGCCUUAUUUAAGGAAGCUGUACUUACAGGAAAGGGCUACCCCAAAAAAUUAUUCUUUUGUCAGUGUCUCUCUUUUAGCUUUUCUCUGCCAUAUCUCAGUGGAUAGAAUUGUCAAUUGGACAGUCCUGACAUUCGAUUUUUAACAAAGGUUUAACUUCAUUAAGGGUGUUAUGGCAUUUGAGGUUCUUCUGAGACAACAGUUGGGUGUCUUUCAGGAGGCAGCACCAGGACUAAUAAGGUAAUGGUGGUUGCACCCAACACUUGUCUUCCCACAUCUGCUCUGUCACCAAAGAGCAAUGAUCUUAGGAACAUGCCAUACAAAAGUAGUAAUAAUCUUGAACCAUGUGAUGGAUAUGAAGACAAUCAGGACCUAACUUUCCAGCUGGUAAAAUAAAAAGCUGCAUUGUCUCAUUUAUUCAGUUCCUGAAACAACUCUUUUUAAACUGGAAUAAUAUUGAUAUGUACAUGAAUCAUGAAUUUAAGCAGUUAUAUAUGUGUGUUCUUUUCUUAUGAAGAACAGUGAAUAUGUCCUUUUUCUAAAGGUCAAUUUUCUUUAACAAUCAGGAGUUUUACUCUGUUCGUUAAGAUGAAAAAUGUCAAAAAGUGUUCCCCCUGCCUUCCACUUUCUGUCUUUACAUCGAUCUACCUUAUAAAUGGUUCUUUACUUGUUACUCUUGCACAGGAUAAUUUAUGGCUAUUAUCCUGUGCUUUUUGUACAGUCUCAGGAUGAUUAUUCACUUCCAGCUGAUCAUUCUCAUGUGUUGGGAAUGUGAUGUAUGAAAGUAAUAACACCCUCAGUCCGUAUGGCUGAUACAAGGACAAUCUGGACCCAGCUUUCCAAAAUACAAGGAUUAAUGAAGUAGGUAGAGAUUACCAAACCCUAAUAGUUAAAUAAAUGGUACAAAAUUAUUGCCUCUCCUAGGUGAAGUGAUUAAUUCCACAUGAUGGAUUCCUGCAGUACCUAUGAGCAACUUAAGAAAAAAGGCAAGUUUUUUGUAAAGGAUCUUAUGCUUGAGAAUUCUGUUUUCUUACGUGAGCUCCUGUAUGCCUGUUUUUGACUAACAGUAAUAUUCAGGGUAACUUAAACUAAUGAUCUACAGCUUGUGAUGGAAAAGUAGUAGAUGAAUGCUGAGGAUGCUGACUUCUGUCUGAUUUUUUUCCUUUCAAUAGGGGAUCUGAGCACUAACAACUCGGUAAUACAUCAGCAAUGCGAAAUGGAAAAUGUAGACUAGGUCACAGGGUUUUUUUAGAUGCAGUUUGGAGCUAACCAAGCUUCUACAUCUGGAAUAAUUCAUUAGAAGUCGUGGGGGGAAGGAUAUGAGUGGAUGUCUUGGCAUGGUGGUGGUGGAAAUAGAACAGGGCUACCAUGAGCUGUGUAGCCAAUACUGUAAUUGGCUUGAGUUUGGUCUUCUCUUGCAUUUUUUAUUUCCUUAAUUUCAGAAAGUUCCACAGGUGGGUUACACACAGGGUUCGACUUACUGCCUUUCUAUACUACAAAAAGAAUAAAAGUUACUUUGAGCACCCUGACCAAAUACUAACAGAGUAGUCCAGAUCCGUUUCCCUUCCUGACGGAUUAAAGAUGCUAAUCAAUGUAUUGUUCCCUUUCCCUGUAGACACUGACAGUUUCAAAAACGUGUGUGUGUGUGUGUUACUUUCAGUAUUUGCACACAUGGUAUCCCUUGUAUCUCUGGUUGUCAAUUUUAAAGGUUCUUUGCUAGGCACUGUAGGAACACAGAAAAAAAGCUCUCAUCUCUGCUUCCCUGUGGGUCAGAAGAUAAGUUUUCUGUAUCUAUGGCACCAUCUCCAAAAAGAAGGAAAGGGAAAACUAUUCUUUCACUUAAUAUAGGACAAUUCACAGUAGAAAAUAAGAUGGAAACUGAAUCUUCAUUUAACUUUGCAUACGUGUCUGUUUAUCUAACUGUAGGAACAGGAUUUACUGUGGUGCUUGAACACUAGUGAGAAAUGUGUAGGAAUGGUAUUCUGCUCCUCAAAUGUAACACGCAAUCCUCCACCACCACUCAUAAAAUAAUAGGGUCUUCAGCCUGGAGUUGGCUGAAUUAAAUGCUAGAAUGAAAGCAACUGAUAGCUCAGAAUUAGUACUUUGUUGUUCUUUAUGAACUGAUCUCGGAAACUUGCUUAUUAAAGCACCUGAUUUAGAUGCCAUUAAAAAGGAGAGUGACACUAGUUCCAUUUUUCUCAUGGUUAGAGUUUUUUUACAAGAUGGAGCUGAGAAGCUAAAUUGCCAAGGGUAAGUUGGAAGUCUUCAAUGGCCAAGUCAUUGGAUAUGAGAGUUCCUUGCCAGCAGCCAGUCAGGUGUCAGGUAAACAUGUGAUUUAAAGGAAGACUGUGUUGAGGUGUCUGCUCAGUUGUGCUGUUUUACGUUGCAGAAAGUCUGAGGGCUGGAAUAGCAGGGCCUCUUUUAAGUUUGCUUUCUCAUUUCACAAAAAAACGUUUUGAUUAUGAAUAUAGCUGGAUUUUUUACUAGGCUUUUGAAGUCCAUUGAAGGGUUUUCUUUGUGUCUCCAGCAAGCUCUGUGUUUGCUCUUGUGGUAUUAGGAUUUUUAUUUUUUUUUUUACCUGUAUCGGUUUUCAUUAUUUAGUCUUUAUUAAAAUAACUUUUUUCUUCUUUAUGGGAAGAUAUAUAUGUGCAUGAGCCAGAAUCAUGCCUUCAACAUUUCCAGAGCUGUUUGCCCUAGAAACCUCAUCUUGAUAUCAUUUUGAAGUUGAGGGGGGAAGGCAACUACACUGAAAGCUAGAAAGCACGGCUUUAAAGCCACAUCUGGAAUUCUUAGACAGUAAACGGCUCCAACUUAAAACAGAGAAUACAGAGAUUUUAUAUGCCAUAAAACUCAAGGAGCCUUGGAUUUGGUAUAAGGACUGUCACCUGACCUUCAUGUUAAAAUCCAUCUACACAAUGCUUUGAAGUAUGAUUGUAGUCAGAAAGCUACCUGUCUAUGUAUAAAAGGAGAGGAAAAAAAAAAAUAAAAUCAGUUUCAGUAUAAACUUCAGUGGGGUGUAGGAGUAGUGCCCAAUUCUUGCUUUUAUCCCAUGCAAGCAAAGCUGUUUUUUCUGUGGAAUCCUACACUCAUCACUCUAAUUGCAUUGUAUGAGAAGAAUACAAAUAUUUUGGCUGUAUCCACUUAUUUUAAUCUCAUAACAGCAGUUAUGAUUGUAAGUAAAAGAUUUGCAGUCUAAGCUGUGAGUUUUCAGCUUUUGCUGAACACCUUUAGAUCUACAGGCUUUUCACCCAGAUGACCUAUCUCUGGAAUUUUUUGGUCUGAAUCAAUUAUUUCUGUAAUGAUUGAUAGUAAAGUUUAUUGCAAUAAUUGUGAUGAGACACACCAGUAUCCUCGUGUUAAUAUUCCCUGAACACUGUUGCUGUGUCAUUUAUUACAAAACAUGACAUUUUGUUUAGGAGGACAAACUCACUCCUCUAACAUAUAAACAUUUAUCUGAUUUCAGGAGUGCUCCUCAGAGAAAGAGAAAACAUUUAGGCUUUUGUAUUGUUGAUUUGAUUUCAUCAACAGCUUUCUCAGAGGCUUAAGUGGAAGCAGAAGAGACUCCUUAACCCUUAAACAUUGGGUUCAAAUGGGUUGCCUCUUAUAGAAUGGAAAACUGCAGCCAGAUAGUCCAUGGAAGGUUAUUUACAGGAUUGCUUAUGUGUCAUUGAGUUCUGCCUUGCUUACAUUUCAUCUACUACCUGUGAAAAAAAAUAUUUUGAUUAUUUGAAUCAGUUGUUUCCAGACAAUGAAAAAAAACGUGAGACAAGAUCAUGUCUAAGCAUAACUUUCCACUGGGAAAAAGUUUAGCACUAUUAUAGUUUAUAUUUAAACAAGGAUAUGGACUGAAAGGUCCAGUGCUAUAAUUACAUGAGCAAAAAUUUCCUAUCAUACUAUGUGACAGCAGAGCAAUAAACAUGCCAUCCGAGUCAACAUCAGAAGUAGAGUGCAAAACGCUAAGUAUUUUUGACAUUUAUUCAUUAGAGGCAGUUAUAAAUAACUCCUUUGUUCAUUAUUUCUUCAAGGAAAAAUACUGCUUCUUUCUGAAAACUGAAAAUCUGAUUGCCUUACUUGGUAGUUAGAGACACUCAGAAUGGCAGUGAUUCUUCAUAGUUUUUACUGUUUUGCUGUGAGUAUUUUUAAAUACAUACACACUUCUGAGCUCCACAAUGAAGUGGCUUUGCAAAAAACACUUUUUUUUUCCUUUGUAAAUAUUCUUGACUAUUUUACUUAGAGUAGUUAGGUUAUUUUUUCCUCUGUACAAAGAAGAAAAAAAGGUCUCAUAAAAGUCAACCUUAUGUAGAGAUGGAGUACAGAAUUUCAUCAAUUAUUAAAACAACUUUAGCUGGUUUCCUUUUCAUACACGAUUUUGGUUCAGGGGUAUCCUUCAUUUAUGUUGUGAGGAUUUCUUGUCAAAUACUUCCUGUGCUGCAGAAUAGCGUAUUUAAAGAUGGUGAGUUGAUGGUGGAGAAUUCCAGGAUAGCCUCAUUCAAGCACUAACAAUAAAAGACCACAUCUUGUAAUAUGUAUUUCUUUCAAAAGAAUAUUGUGCCUUUUCUAUAAUCAUAGUUGGGAUUAUAUAAAUGCAAAUUCAAACCAGCAUGUUCUGUCUAAAAGAUGUGCAGAAAGAAAUGAACAUUCUUCAGUCAGUGGUUUUCUAGAAAAAAAAAAAAAAAGCUUCCUUCUCACAUUUUUAAUGUACUUGAAAACCAAAACAUAAAUGUCCUGAUCUUUCCAUUUCCAUACUUAAAAGCUGUGUCUUGAUGGGCGGCCAAUCUGUUUUUUCUCUCUUAUUUGAACAGUUGCAAUGUCUUCAGUUUGAAGAUUUGCUGAAUAUUGGAAAUAAACUGAAAAUCAUGGUCUCUCUAGAGCAAUCCUACACUAGAUAGUUUGAAAUAAGCAAACUCAUCUUUUCAUUUAGACUUACUUAAUAGACUUUUUUUCACCUGUAUGUAACUUGCAACAACUCCUCAUUUCAGCUUUUUCUAUGUAACUGUGUAACUAAUGACAGAAAAUUCAGCCUCUUUACCCAUUCCUAGUUUGAUUAUUAUCCUACAUGUGUCUGUAGAUCAUGAAACUAAUGCGAAGGAAGUAUAUGCCUUUCCCCAUUGAUUUAGUGAUGUUAACUCUGGAAGACUUCAUUGAUGUUUAUCAAUGUGAACUUGAAGAAAGAUGCGGCUGCCUGUGGAGAAAUGAAUCUGACUGUGUUGAGAGCCUUCAGAGCAUGUGCUAACUCUCCUCUAUUUAAGUCUGUGGCUGAAUGUUGGAAUACACAGAGCCUUUUAUUUUGACAGAAAAGGGGUAAGUCACUGUUUUCUUAAAUGUGAUACAAUGGGAGUUCCUAAAGAAAUAGACUUAUCUUAGCUAGCCAAAUAAAGACAAAAAUGUAAACUAGGGGCUUUUUAGCCAGUGGCUUACAAAAUGAUCAGUACAAAUUAAAGAAGGCAUAACCACUAAAACCCAGAGAUUUGUGCCUGUAUAUCCCCAGAGAGACCACCACUAAUGUGAAGAAUUCCAGCAUUGAAGAGGAUUUUCUGCAGUAUUGAUUUAUUAUGCAUUUCGUGAUUCCUGUGUAAUUUUCAAUAUCUGCUCAAAAUCCAUGUGCAGCUUUAAUAAAAUACGUGCUCAUAGUACA